UCUGCCCGCACUCCCCCACCGCCGCCGCGCUGCCCACCAGCUGCCAGGGAAAACACCACCACGCGCGAGCCUACACGUAACUAGUAUAUAACGCAGCUCCGGUGACUGCAGCGGUGGGGGGAGCUCGGGCACCGCGGGAUUAGCUCGAGAGAUUUGGGAGCGGAGCGGAGAGGAGGGGAGGGAGGGAGGGAGUGUGAUGGCGAAGGCGGCGGCCAUGGAGGGUCGCCCGGCGAAGAUGGGGUUCCGGAUGCCGGCGGAGUGGGAGCCGCACAAGCAGUGCUGGAUGGGCUGGCCCGAGCGCCGAGACAAUUGGCGGGAGCUUGCUGGUCCAGCUCGAAAAGUAUUUGCGAGAACUGCAAUCGCCAUUUCAAAGUUUGAGCCUGUUACCAUUUGUGCAAGUGCCAAGCAGUACGCCUAUGUCCAUGAGCUAAUGCUACAUCAACCAAACAUCAGGGUGGUCGAGAUGAGCAUGAAUGAUUGCUGGUUUCGUGAUAUUGGUCCCACUUUUAUUAUUCGUGAAGGUGGAGCAGGUUUAGGAAUCUCAGCACAAAAUAUAGCAGGAAUUGAUUGGGAAUUUAAUGCUUGGGGAGGAGCCAUUGAUGGUUGCUACGCUGAUUGGAGCCUUGACAGCUAUGUUGCCAAGAAAAUAGUUGAGAUUGAGAGGGUCCCUAGAUUUCCACAUACAAUGGUUCUUGAAGGUGGAAGCAUUCAUGUAGACGGAGAAGGUACAUGCAUCACAACAGAAGAGUGCUUGCUGAAUCCUAACAGAAACCCCAACAUGACUAAACUAGAGAUAGAGAAUGAGCUGAAGGAUUUUCUUGGAGUCACAAAGGUCAUCUGGAUACCUCAUGGGCUUUAUGGUGACAUGGAUACAAAUGGCCAUGUUGACAAUUUAUGUUGUUUCAUUAAACCCGGGGUGGUCCUUUUGUCAUGGACCGAUGAUGAGAACGACCCACAGUACCAAAGGUCAGUUGAGGCACUCUCAACUCUCUCCAAGUCUGUUGAUGCGAAAGGACGGCAGAUAGACGUUGUGAAGAUACACACCCCAGGGCCUCUGUACAUGACAAAGGAAGAGUCGGAGGGCGUUGAAAACACGGGGCAUGCUGUACCGAGGGAGCCAGGCACGAGGCUGGCUGCCUCGUACGUGAACUUCUACAUAGCCAAUGGCGGGAUUGUAGCACCAGCUUUCGGCGACAAGUGGGACGAAGAAGCGCGUGCUGUUCUUCAGAAGGCAUUUCCUGAUCAUGAGGUGGUUAUGGUGGAAGGCGCGAGAGAGAUCGUGCUCGCAGGUGGAAACAUACAUUGCAUCACGCAGCAGCAGCCGGUGCGCCCGUCUUAGUUUUAGCUGGCAGCCGCAGCCAUGCUCUACGGCGAUGGCUCGAUCGUACGUCGUUUGUUUGCCCCCGAAACCAAAUGCAAAUGCGUUGACAGAAUAAGGCCGCAAGCAAUUCGUAUGAGCUUUCGGUAGGGGUUACAUAUAUAUACCUGUAGUGUUAUUACAGAUAAAAUUCAGCAGUAUGAUAGGUGGAUGUACACACAUGUAACUUAACUCGUAGCCAUGUCCAUCUCUGAUGCAGACGCCGGGAGGUGGUGCUAAUCCCGAGGCACCAAUGGUGGUGCUUAUAUUGAAAUAUUAUUUAUCUGUUUAUUUACCAAGGAGUUGCUGGCAUUGGGGAAGAGA